CUCUCCAUGGUGUCUUCCAUCUCAUGCAGUUUGAUAGAAAGAUAUGAAGUUGGUACUAAAAUCUUCUUCAUAUGCAUUACUUGCCUUUUGCUUCUGGUGUAUGUGCCUCUUCUGUUUGGUAGAGAGGUCCACAGCUCAGACUUCAGCUAAUGCUACAACAGACCCGUUUGAAGCGGCUACUCUAAACUCCAUCUUUCAGCAAUGGGGCAUUUCUGAAUCGUCUAGGUGGAAUAUAAGUGGGGAACUGUGUAGCGGAGAUGCCAUUACAGAAAGUGGCACUUUGAGCCCUGGGAUCAAAUGCCAAUGCACUUUCAACAAUGGAUCCAUUUGCCGCAUAACCAGCUUGAAAGUCAAUGGUCAGAAUAUAACAGGUUACAUUCCGGACGCCAUUGGGAAUCUGACUCACCUCAUCUCGCUGGAUUUGUCUUGGAACUAUUUAACAGGUCCCCUGCCUCCAUCUAUCGGCAACUUAAGGUCCCUGCAGGGAAUGAUUGUUAGUAUCAAUUUAUUGUCUGGAAACAUCCCAAAGGAACUUGGAAAUCUUAGAAAUCUAACCUCCUUGUUCUUGGGCACCAAUAGUUUUAAUGGGUCACUCCCUCCAGAGAUGGGGAAUUUAGUAAAGCUGCAACAUCUUAACAUGGACAGUAUCGGUGUGAGUGGUCCAAUUCCUUCGACAUUUGCCAAUCUGGUAAACUUGGAGGGUCUGUGGGCCUUUGAUAAUGAGCUCACGGGUAUGAUACCUGACUUCAUAGGGAAUUGGACAAAGCUUAAAUAUUUGCGCUUGCAUGGGAAUGCUUUCCAAGGUCCGAUACCUUCAAGUUUGUCCAGUUUGGCAUCCCUAACUGAUUUGCGAAUUGGUGAAAUAAUGAGCGGAAGCUCAUCUUUGGCAUUUAUCAAGGGCAUGAGGAACAUAACCGUUUUAAUCUUGAGAAACAGUAAGAUUUCAGAUUCAAUUCCACUUGACAUGGUAGAGUACCAAUUGUUAAAGCAUCUGGAUUUGAGCUUUAACAAUUUAACUGGGGAAAUUCCGACCUCGCUCUUCAAUUUGAGUUCGCUUUCUUACUUGUUUCUUGGAAACAAUAGCCUGUCUGGUAGCCUUCCUUCAAAUAAAAGCUCAUCCCUCCAGAGCAUUGAUUUAUCAUACAAUCAAUUAUCGGGAAGCUUUCCCUCUUGGAUUACACAAGGCUUGCAACUGAACUUGGUUGCUAACAACUUCGUCAUCGAUAGUUCUAAUAGCAGUACUUUGCGUUCAGGAUUGGAGUGUCUUCAGCGGAACUUUUCAUGCUAUCAAGAUUCUCCAACCAAUUCUUCAUUUGCAAUAAAUUGUGGCGGUCCAGCGGUUACAUCAAAAGAUGGAGUGCUGUAUGAUAAUGAUGUUGAUGCUCUCGGUGCAGCAUCAUAUUAUCUGGCCAACAUGAGCAGGUUGGCCAUCAGUAAUGUUGGGUUGUAUGAUAUCAACGGAAAUGACUUGUACACACACUCUCAGUCACAGAUUAAGAAUACUUCAGACCCAAUGCUGUUUUGGACAACAAGGAUAUCUCAAGGAUCGCUAAGAUACUACAAACUAGGGCUUGUGAACGGACAAUACAGCGUGACUCUGCAAUUCGCUGAGAUACAAAUCAAAGAUUCGAUUACUCGGAGGAGAGGAAGGCGUGUAUUCGAUAUUUUUGCCCAGGGUAAUCUCCAAUUGAAAGAUUUUGACAUAAGAAAGGAGGCGGAUGGAGUCUCUUAUAGUGCAGUUUUGAAGACUUUCAAGGUUAAUGUAUCCAAGAAUUUCCUUGAAAUCCAUCUCUUUUGGGCUGGAAAAGGGACUUGCUGCAUACCUGGUAAUGGUAUUUAUGGGCCAUCCAUUUCGGCCAUCAGAGUCACUCCAGAUUUCCUGUCGACUUCUAGUAACCGUGUGCUAACUGCUGGGGUAAAGAAGAACAGGACUGGUUUGAUUGUUGGAAUUUUAGUUAGUGCUGGUGCUCUGAGUUUUAUAUCCAUUUCUGCAAUACUUAUUCAGAGACGAAGGAGCAGGGGCAUCAAUGAAGAUGAAGAGCUUCUGGAAAUGGGUGCCAAACCAAACACUUUUAGUUAUUCCGAACUGAGGACUGCUACUGGAGAUUUCAGCCUAGAAAAUAAAUUGGGAGUGGGGGGAUUUGGGGCUGUUUAUAAGGGUACACUAUCAGAUGGAAGGACAGUGGCUGCAAAGCAACUCUCGGUGGCAUCUCAUCAUGGAAAGUGUCAGUUUGUAGCAGAGAUUGUUACUAUAUCAGCAGUGCAGCACCGGAACCUUGUGAAGUUGUACGGAUGCUGCAUCGAGGGAGAUAAGCGGCUUUUGGUUUACGAGUAUCUUGAAAACAAGAGCCUUGAUCAUGCACUCUACGGAGACAGUAAGUUGCAUCUAAAUUGGCCCACCCGCUACAAUAUAUGCUUGGGUACGGCACGAGGCCUCACUUAUCUCCAUGAGGAGUCAAGGCUCCGAAUCAUACAUAGAGAUGUCAAGGCCAGUAAUAUUUUGCUGGAUGCUGAUCUCAACCCCAAGAUUUCAGAUUUUGGUUUGGCCAAACUAUAUGAUGAUAAGAAGACACACAUCAGCACACGGGUUGCAGGGACAUUUGGUUAUCUUGCUCCGGAGUAUGCCUUGUGUGGACAUCUGACGGAAAAGGCUGACGUGUUUGCAUUUGGGGUCGUCAUACUUGAGAUUCUUAGCGGAAGGCCAAAUACAAAUACAAGCUUGGAUCAAGAUAAGAUAUAUAUCCUUGAAUGGGCGUGGAAUCUACAUGAAGCUAACCAUCCAUUGGAACUGAUCGAUCCGACACUAUCCGAAUUUGACGAAGGAGAAGCACUACGAAUGAUUGGAGUAGCUCUUUUCUGCACUCAAACAUCACCGAUGCUACGCCAGCCCAUGUCCCGUGUGUUGGCCAUGCUGUUAGGCGACGUCCAAGUAAGCAGUGUCACAUCGCGGCCCAGCUACUUGACAUUGUGGCAAUUCAAUGACUUAACCAGCUACAUGACCGACUAUAUGUCGGGAAGGUCUAUGGGAACAAUGACGGAUGGCCAAUGUCACAUGUAGAACAAUUCGACCUGGUCCAUUCAUGUGGAUCACUCACCUAUGCCCCCAUCUGUGCCCACUCAGCCAUUUUUGCAAUGGAUCAUUGGAGAAAGAGAGAUCUGAUCGACUUCUAUUUGGAUGUUGAAUGUAUCUUAUCACUUCCUUGUCACUGCUCGCCUCUGCCCUCUCACCGCUAUGUAUCCUUGUUCGCAUCUUAUAUUUGGAUGUUG